CGGAGCUCGGCGCGGCGCGCGCUCCCAUUGCCCCUGCGCGCGCAGGUGUCAGGGGUCACGGCUGCGUACUCUGUGGCGGGAAACGCUGUUUGAAGCGGGAUGGAUGGCAAGAGGCGUCAAGGCCCAAGCCUUGGGGUACCCCCAAAGCGGGCCCGUGGGGGCCUGUGGGACGAUGAGGAGGCACCCCCGCCAUCGCAGUUUGAAGAGGACCUGGCACUGCUGGAGGAGAUGGAGGCUGAGCACCGGCUGCAGGAGCAGGAGGAGGAGGAACUCCAGCCAACCCCAGAGGGCGCCUUGCACGGGCAGCUCUCCAUGGCAGCUAUAGACCCGCGCUGGCUGAGGCCCACCCCGCCCCAACUGGACCCCCAGACACAGCCCCUCAUCUUUCAGCAGCUAGAGAUUGACCACUACGUGGGCUCAGCGCAGGCCUUGCCAGGACGACCUCCACCAUCCCGUAACUCUGUGCCCAUAAUCCGUGCAUUUGGGGUCACCGACGAGGGUGUGUCUGUCUGCUGCCACAUCCAUGGUUUCGCACCCUACUUCUACACCCCUGCGCCUCCAGGUUUUGGGGCCAACCACCUGAGUGACUUGCAGCAGGAGUUGAACUCUGCUAUCAGCCGGGACCAACGUGGAGGGAAGGAGCUCUCUGGGCCUGCAGUGCUGGCUGUGGAGCUGUGCUCCCGGGAGAGCAUGUUCGGGUACCAUGGGCACGGCCCCUCUUCAUUUCUGCGCAUCAUGCUGGCACUUCCCCGCCUUGUGGCACCUGCCCGUCGUCUCUUGGAGCAGGGCAUACGUGUGCCAGGCCUGGGCACCCCGAGCUUCGCUCCCUAUGAAGCCAACGUGGACUUUGAGAUCCGGUUCAUGGUGGACACAGACAUCGUUGGCUGCAACUGGCUGGAGCUCCCAGCUGGGAAGUACAUGCUGAGGACGGAGAAGAAGGCUACCCUGUGUCAGCUGGAGGCCGAUGUGCUCUGGUCAGACAUCAUCAGUCACCCUCCUGAAGGGACAUGGCAGCGCAUUGCACCCCUGCGUGUGCUCAGCUUCGAUAUUGAGUGUGCUGGCCGCAAAGGCAUCUUCCCUGAACCAGAGCGGGACCCUGUGAUCCAGAUCUGUUCGCUGGGCCUGCGCUGGGGCGAGCCAGAACCCUUCCUGCGCCUGGCACUCACGCUGAAGCCCUGCGCCCCCAUCCUGGGCGCCAAAGUGCAGAGCUAUGAGCGGGAAGAGGACCUGCUCCAGGCAUGGUCCACCUUUGUCCGUACCAUGGAUCCCGACGUGAUCACUGGCUACAACAUCCAGAAUUUUGACCUCCCAUACCUCAUCUCUCGGGCCCAGAAUCUCAAGGUGGAACACUUCGCUCUCCUGGGCCGCGUGACUGGCCUUCGCUCCAACAUCCGUGACUCCUCCUUCCAGUCAAGGCAGAUGGGCCGGAGGGACAGCAAGGUGGUCAGCAUGGUGGGCCGCGUUCAGAUGGACAUGCUGCAGGUGCUGCUUCGUGAGUACAAGCUCCGCUCGUACACACUCAACGCAGUCAGCUUCCACUUCCUGGGCGAGCAGAAGGAGGACGUGCAGCACAGCAUCAUCACCGACCUGCAGAAUGGGAAUGAACAGACCCGCCGCCGCCUGGCUGUGUACUGCCUGAAGGAUGCCUACCUGCCACUGCGGCUGCUCGAGCGCCUUAUGGUGUUGGUCAACGCAGUAGAGAUGGCACGUGUCACUGGUGUGCCUCUUGGCUACCUGCUAACCCGGGGCCAGCAGGUCAAGGUUGUGUCCCAGCUGUUGCGGCAGGCCAUGCGUCAGGGGCUGUUGAUGCCUGUGGUGAAGACGGAGGGUGGCGAGGACUACACAGGAGCCACUGUCAUCGAGCCCCUGAAAGGGUACUAUGAUGUCCCCAUCGCCACCUUGGACUUCUCCUCGCUGUACCCGUCCAUCAUGAUGGCCCACAACCUAUGCUACACCACACUCCUGCGCCCUGGAGCUGCCCAGAAAUUGGGUCUGGCACCAGAUCAGUUCAUCAGGACGCCCACUGGGGAUGAGUUUGUGAAGACAUCAGUGCGGAAGGGGCUGCUGCCCCAGAUCCUUGAGAACCUGCUCAGUGCCCGGAAGAGGGCCAAGGCUGAGCUGGCCCAGGAGACGGACCCCUUGCGGCGACAGGUCCUAGAUGGGCGGCAGUUGGCACUCAAAGUGAGUGCCAACUCUGUGUAUGGCUUCACUGGUGCCCAGGUGGGCAAGUUGCCCUGCUUGGAGAUCUCACAGAGUGUCACCGGGUUUGGGCGUCAGAUGAUUGAGAAAACCAAGCAGCUGGUGGAGUCCAAGUACACAAUAGAGAAUGGCUACAGCACCAAUGCUAAGGUGGUUUAUGGGGAUACUGACUCCGUCAUGUGCCGAUUCGGCGUUUCCUCUGUGGCUGAGGCAAUGGCUCUGGGGCGGGAGGCAGCCAACUGGGUGUCCAGUCACUUCCCACCACCCAUCCGGCUUGAAUUUGAGAAGGUCUACUUCCCCUACCUGCUCAUCAGCAAGAAACGCUAUGCUGGCCUACUCUUCUCCUCCCGGCCGGACACCCAUGACCGAAUGGACUGCAAGGGCCUGGAGGCUGUGCGCAGAGACAACUGCCCCCUUGUGGCCAACCUUGUCACCUCCUCCCUGCGCCGUAUCCUCGUGGACCGGGACCCUGAUGGCGCUGUGGCCCACGCAAAGGAUGUCAUCUCAGAUUUGCUGUGUAACCGCAUUGACAUCUCGCAGCUGGUCAUCACUAAAGAGCUGACCCGGGCCGCCGCUGACUAUGCGGGCAAGCAGGCCCAUGUGGAGUUGGCUGAGAGGAUGAGGAAGCGCGACCCCGGGAGCGCACCCAGCCUAGGCGACCGAGUGCCCUAUGUGAUCAUUGGAGCUGCCAAGGGCGUGGCUGCCUACAUGAAGUCGGAGGACCCCCUAUUCGUGCUGGAGCACAGCCUGCCCAUUGACACACAGUACUACCUGGAGCAGCAGUUGGCCAAGCCGCUCUUACGCAUCUUUGAGCCCAUCCUGGGCGAGAGCCGUGCGGAGGCCGUGUUGCUGCGAGGUGACCACACGCGCUGCAAGACUGUCCUCACGGGCAAGGUGGGCGGCCUUCUGGCCUUUGCCAAGCGCCGCAGCUGCUGCAUCGGCUGCCGCUCAGUGAUAAAUCACGAGGGAGCUGUGUGUGAGUUCUGCCGGCCGCGGGAGUCGGAGCUGUAUCAGAAGGAGGUGUCACACCUGAACGCCUUGGAGGAGAGGUUCUCGCGCCUGUGGACGCAGUGCCAGCGCUGCCAGGGCAGCCUGCACGAGGAUGUUAUCUGCACCAGCCGGGACUGCCCCAUCUUCUACAUGCGCAAGAAGGUACGCAAGGACCUGGAAGACCAGGAGCGGCUGCUGCGGCGCUUCGGGCCUCCAGGCCCUGAGGCCUGGUGACCUGCAAGCUUGGGCGGGUUGCCGGGGUGGCUGAAUAAAGUUGAGUCCAUUUGC